CAGAGAGCACAUUGGGAGAGACAGUUUUCAGCGAGGCCAAAGGGCUCUUCAGCGAACGCUCCUUCCAGCCAUGACCGAGAGACGUAUUCCCUUCACCCUGCUGCGCACCCCCAGCUGGGACCCAUUCCGUGACUGGCACAGCCGCAUCUUCGACCAGGCCUUUGGCAUGCCGGCCCUGCCCGAGGACUUCCCCCCGACAUUCCCCAGCACCCACUGGCCGGGGUACCUGCGGCCCUCCCUCGUGACCCCCGACAUGGGGGUGAUGAUGCCCCAGAGCCCCAUGAUGUACCCCGGCGGCGUGAUGGCCCAGCAGGCCCGCGCCGCCCUGUCCCGCCAGUUGAGCAGCGGCAUGUCGGAGAUCAAGCAGACCCAGGACAGCUGGAAGGUGUCGCUGGACGUGAACCACUUCUCGCCCGAGGAGCUGGUGGUGAAGACCAAGGACGGCGUGGUGGAAAUCACCGGCAAGCACGAGGAGAGGAAGGACGAGCACGGUUUCGUGUCCAGAUGCUUCACCAGGAAAUACACCCUCCCCCCGACAGCCAACAUCGAGAAGGUGACCUCCAGCCUCUCUCCUGAAGGGUUCCUGACCGUGGAGGCUCCUCUGAAGGUGCCGGCCCUCGAGUCCUCAGAGACCACGAUACCUGUCAACGUGGACAACAAGGGCAGCGUGGCGAAGAAGUAGGAGAGGGAAAGCAGUGUGGCGUCUCCUACACAAACACACACACACACACACACAUACAAAUAAGCACUUUAUUUCUCCAGCAUGCGUCCCGGCAGGUGAGGGAAGCAGCUUAUCGCUCCUCCUGAAGCGGGCCUUGUUCGGCAGGCUCUUCUCUCUCUCCCCCCUCUGUCACUGGUAAUGAGCCAACCCCAGCUGAGUGCACUGUGUAAACACAUCUGCACCGAUGCCAUAUGUGUGCUCAUUCUGCUGUAAUUACACUCUUCAUCCGAAUGUAGGAAGCCUGGGCUCAGCUCCUCUCGCGGCCCUCUUCUCCCCCCUCUCCCUCUGUUACACACAAACACCUUUCUCAUUUGAGUUAAUCCCGCCUUUCAUGAUGCCUGGAACUUGAAAGACAAACGAUCCAGCCACGCAAACACAGAAUAAAGAACGAUCAAGAUAUUGA